UUAUCCCUCUUGCGCCACCAACGGAUUUGCAGGCACAGGCACAAAGCAACAAUCGCUAUUGGGAGAUGCUGCCAAUACAGUGUUUCGUCUGCACACAACCUCAACUCAAUGCUCUGGCUGGUUAUUUCACACCAGGGGUCGCCAUUCCAUAUUGUCCCAGCUGAUUGCAUUGCAGAAGCUGAUGUCGCUCACAGACCACAAUCUCGUAUCGUUGGCUGGGCACAACCGAUUCUCUCUGCUCGAAUAGGGGUGGCGGCAUACAGCGUUUAAUAAUACCAGAUUAUCGAUGCUGAAAUGUCUGGGUGUCCUCUUGUUUACACUUGAAUACACGAGGUCUUCUUCACACUGGACCGCCCACUAACCCCUGACCUGAAGACUUCAAC